CUCAACGAGGGCAACACCUACCCUGAGACUGUCCCUGCUUCGGCCGCUGGCCAGCCUUUGCUCGACUUCCUCGUCGACCGCUACGCCCACUCGACUCGCGAGGCGUGGACGUCCCACUGCAGAGCCGGCCGCCUUCGGCUCAACGGCACGCCUGCCACGGCCGACUGCCUGCUCCGCGAGGGCCAGCGGCUCGAGUACCACCGACCUCCUUGGCGCGAGCCGGCGGCGCCACGGUGGCUUUGGACGCUCUUCGCAGACGAGCACGCCGUGGUGCUCUGCAAGCCGAGCGGCCUUCCCACGCUGCCGUCGGAGCUCUACCACGACAGCACGGUGCUCUCUCUGCUGCGGCGCGGCGGCGAGCCAGUCCCAAGCCCCGUCCACCGGCUCGGCGUCGGCACCUCGGGCCUGCUACUCUGCGCGGCGUCUGCUCUCGGGCGGCGCGCCCUCUCCGUCGCCCUGCAGGAGCGACGCGUGUCGAAGACGUACCGCGCUCUCGUGCAGGGCCUGGUCGCGGGCGAGACGCUCGACAUCGACUGCCCGAUCGGGCCGGUGCCGCACGCGGCCGCCUUUGGCGGAUCGUGCGGCGAGGUUUGCGCGGCCCGGCCAGAGGGCGGCGCCGGGUGCAAGGCGGCGCGCUCGCACCUCCGCGUCGUGCGGCGCGAUGCGUCUGCGGCGGGCGGCGCUGGCGCGACGCUCGUUGAGGUGCGGAUACCGACUGGCCGGCCGCACCAGAUCCGAAUCCACACCGCGUACGCAGGCCACCCGCUGGUUGGGGACCCGCUCUACUGUCGCGGCGGGCUGCCGCGGGGAGGG